AUGGAUAACCAACACUAUUUAGCCCCUCCUGCAUAUACCCCUACCCCUCCAACUUCAAACCCUCAGAACUGCCAAGCUUUCAAUGCUACCCGCUGGCUCCUCGACACACAACGACAAUAUAUUCAAUUCACCCACUACCAACAUCUCCUCUGCCAGAUAUUCCACGCCUCCGAUCACUGGUGGGACGAAUUUCUCGCAGUUUGCGAUGCAUUUUUACGACCCAGAUUCUCCCACUCAGACACAUCUGUAUGGAAUUUCUACGGCACUUUACAAAUCCACGGAAUGCGAUCGGAGUAUUUGACAGGAGGUCGGUGUUUCAAAAACGAGACUGGAGAAAUUUGUAACUGGUUAGCUUUUUGUCUCAGAGAGUUGAGAAAUAUGGGCGUUGAAUGGAAUCCUAAUGCUACAAGAUCUUCAUUGGAGACAAGAAGAGAGGAAGAUCGAAGUGGUGAACGACCCGAAAGCUCGAGUGAGAGAGAAGAGAGAAGAGAGCGAGAACAAGGGGAUCCUUGUCCGUUGGUAGAAUGGUGGUGGGAAGGAGAUGAGAUAGUAUUUAUCUUGAGUUAG